UACCCCCAAAACGGGAGAAAAUGAGAAACAAGUCCACUAAUGUUAUGAAAGGUCCUUGGGUCUAAAAAUUUGCUGUUGCUGGAUUUGUUACUCGUGCGUCACGUCCAGACGAAGCCGUGCUGAUGGAUGAAACUACGUCGUAUCCUCCUAUUGAACCAUCCAACUUCGACCUUAUAGUGGUUGGCACCGGCCUGCCGGAGUCCAUACUUGCCGCCGCUGCCUCCGCCGCCGGAAAAUCAGUCCUUCACCUUGACCCUAACCCCUCAUACGGUAGCCACUAUGCAUCGCUUCCUCUUCAGGAAUUCACUUCGUACAUCGAAUCCCAAUCAUCUCAAUCAUCCUCCAAUCUCCCAAUUCCACAAUCCGACAUGGAUUCGGGUUAUACUCAGGUCUUUCUCACUACCCGGCCGCUCUACUCCUCCGUUGAAAUCACCUCUUACUCCUCGGAACCCUUGGAACAAUCUCGAAAGUUCAACAUUGAUUUGAGUGGGCCCAGGGUUUUGCUAUGUGCAGAUGCUAUGAUUGAUCUAAUUUUGAAGUCUGAGGUGAAUCAGUACAUGGAAUUCAAGAGCAUAGAUGGGAGUUUUAUCAGUGAUGAAGAGGGAAAUUUGGAGAAUGUACCUGACUCGCGUAGCGCAAUAUUCAAGGAUCGGAAACUAAGCUUUAUGGAGAAGAAUCAGCUGAUGAGAUUCUUCAAGCUGGUACAAGGGCAUCUUGAAGCUGCAUCUGCUGCUGAUGGUGGGGAGAGUAACGAAAGUAAGGGCAUCUCAGAGCAGGAUUUAGAGAGUCCGUUUGUGGAGUUUUUAAGCAAAAUGGGGCUCUCUCCAAAGCUAAAAUCGAUUGUUCUAUAUGCAAUAGCAAUGGCAGAUUAUGAUCAAGAGAAUGGAGAUGUUUGCAAAAGUGUUCUUAAGACAAAAUAUGGUAUUGAUCAAUUGGCCCUUUAUCACUCAUCCGUUGGCAGGUUUCCUAAUGCACCUGGUGCUAUGAUUUACCCCAUCUAUGGUCAAGGGGAACUUCCGCAGGCCUUUUGUCGUCGUGCUGCAGUCAAAGGAUGCAUUUAUGUUCUUCGGAUGCCUGUUAAUUCUCUCCUUAUGGACAAGGCUAGUGGGAGUUACAAGGGUGUUUGCUUGGCUUCUGAACAAGAGCUGUUCAGCCAUAAGCUUAUAUUAGCUCCAUCUUUUGUGGUUCAACCACCACCCCCUCAUUCCUCCCCUGAUGCUCAUGAUUUUGGCUCGCGAAAUACAACUGAUAAGAUGGCGAGGAGUAUAUGCAUCUCAAAGCACUCUUUGAAAUUGGAUGUAGCCAAUUGUCUGGCAUUUUUUCCUCCUAGAUCUCUCUUCCCUGAGCAGGUCACAGCAAUUCAUGUGCUUCAAUUGAGUAGCAAUGUUGCUGUUUGCCCCUCCGGAAUGUUUUUGACUUAUCUUUCAGCUAUAUGUGAGGAUGAUGUUCAGGGCAAGAAGCUAUUACAUGCAGCCAUCAAUGUGCUGUUUCACAUUCCCGUUUCUGGAAGUUCUGGCAAUAAUAAUUUUGCAGAGGACCAAAGUGAAACAGGGGAUGCAAAGCCUGCUUUACUUUGGAGUGUCUUGUAUACUCAGGAACUUGCUAAGUUUCAGGAUGUACUAGAUAACAUCAUUUGUACCCCCAUGCCAGACGGGAGUCCAUAUUACCAUGAUCUUCUGGGUGAAACAGAAAAGAUAUUUCAAGAGCUGUAUUCUGGUGAAGAAUUCUUUCCCAAAUCAACCUCAUCGGAGGAGGGUGCUGCCCAAGAGCUCGAGGAUUAGACAUCAAUAUUGAUGCUGCUGGAUAUGUUUUCAUUUUAAAUGAUGGAGGGUGGCAGGAUAUUACAGUUUGCAUUGACAAUGACAACAACUCGCACGCAGAGUAAUCGCACAUGUGGGGUGAGAGGGUAGGAUGUGCCCCGCACUGACAAUGGCGACGAUCAUAUAGUUGAAGUGGUUUCGGUCCCUACAUACCAAUGUUAGUGUUUUAUUCGAAAUACUUUGUUGCUGUAAGAGUAAUAUCGAUAGUGUUCGAGUUUCUUCGGCCUACAAUUAACUGGAUUGAAUGUAGAGGUUUGACAUGAGGCUUGAACUGCUAAAGGUGUUGUCUACUUUUGCAAUUA